AUGGCUAAAGUAGAGCCACUCUCGAUAGAGUCGCUCCUAGAGAAGCAGCGUGCAGAGCGAGAAGCUGCUUCAAAGCCCAAGUUCCUUUCAAAGGAGGAACGCGCAAAACUUGCAAUAGAGAAGCGUGCACAGGAGAUCAGGGGACAGAAGGAGAAGGAAGAAUCCCAGAGACGCGAACGAGAAGCCUUGGAGCGUGAAGCAGACGCUCUGCGCGAUCGGGAGAGAUUCCGGGACGAGGGAAACAGGUAUGGCAGAGGCAGUCGAUAUGAUGAUCGUAACCAGGAUAGAGAAAGAGAUGGCAGAUAUGGUCGCCGAGACCAACGAGGACCCAGACGAGACGAUCGUGACCGCGACCGUGAUAGAGCACCACCUUCCUCUGGCUUACACAACGUUCCGACAGCACCUCGAGCAGAUCGCGAAAGAAGCGCUGCAACCUCUCACUCUGCGUCCCCAGCACCUUCCGUGCCACCCCCCGCAGUAAAUGGAUCAUCUACUCUUGUCGACACAUCCUCGACGUUCGUCCCACAGAUGAACGACAACGACCUAAGCGCAAUCCGGUCCCGCUAUCUUGGUGUCGAUAAAAAGAAGCGAAAGAUACGUAAGAUGAAUGAUCGUAAGUUCGUCUUCGAUUGGGAUGAGCAGGACGAUACGCUCGCAGAAGAUUCACCGACUGCUGCUGGCGCAAAUAGACAAGGCGCUCAGGUUAUGUUCGGAAGAGGCCAUCUUGCGGGCAUGGAUGAUGGUGGGGGCGUGAGGCGAGGUUCAGGUAACGCGGAGACGAAGUUCUCGGAUACAUUGGAGAGAAGGAAGGCCGCCAAAUCUGGAUUGGACGAAAGACACUGGACGGAAAAACCUCUAAGCCAGAUGAAAGAUAGAGACUGGAGAAUCUUUAGGGAGGACUUCAGUAUCGCUACCAGAGGCGGUCAAAUUCCACAUCCUCUUCGUUCAUGGACGGAAUCCGAAAUUCCUCCAACUAUUUUAGAAGUUGUAGAAAAGGUCGGCUAUAAGGAGCCAUCAGCAAUUCAGCGGCAAGCGAUUCCGAUCGGACUGCAAAACCGAGACCUUAUUGGUAUCGCGGAAACAGGAUCGGGUAAAACGGCCGCCUUCGUCAUACCGAUGCUCACGUAUAUUUCUAAUUUACCACCUUUUACUGAGGACAAUCGGCAUUUGGGACCAUAUGCUCUAAUUUUAGCGCCGACUCGUGAACUUGCUCAGCAGAUCGAGUCCGAAACCCGCAAGUUUGCAUCGCCUCUAGGAUUCAAAUGCGUUUCAAUUGUUGGAGGACGUUCCGUGGAGGAGCAGCAAUUCAAUCUGCGUGAAGGUGCUGAAAUCAUCAUUGCUACGCCUGGACGUCUGAAAGAUGUAAUUGAGCGACACGUUAUUGUGCUUUCGCAAUGCUCUUACAUCGUCAUGGACGAGGCGGAUCGUAUGGUGAAUCUCGGCUUCGAAGUCGACUUGACAUUCAUUCUCGAUAAGCUUCCAUCAGAGAUGCUGAAGGGCGAGGACGAGGGAAUGAUGGACGUUGACGGCGAAAUGGUGCGGAGGGGUCGCACUCGCGUGACUACUCUGUUCUCUGCAACAAUGCCGCCGGCCGUUGAGCGCCUUACACGGAAAUACCUAAAGAAACCGGCGAUCGUUACGAUUGGUGAAGCUGGUCGUGCAGUCGACACCGUUGAGCAGCGCGUCGAGUUCAUUAACGGAGAUGAAAAGAAGAGGCAACGUAUGAUUGAGAUUCUUAGUAAAGAUGGUUUCCCUGCACCUAUCAUCGUCUUCGUGAACCAAAAGAAGACCGCAGACAUGGUGUGCAGAGACGUUCAGCGGGCAGGCGUACGUGCAACAACCCUACACUCUGGGAAGAACCAAGAACAGCGAGAGGCAGCAUUGCAGUCCUUGCGCAAUGGCGAAUCGGACGUUUUGGUUGCAACAGACCUUGCUGGGCGUGGUAUUGACGUCCAGGAUGUGAGUCUCGUGCUCAAUUACCAGAUGGCAAACACCAUUGAAGCUUAUGUCCAUCGAAUUGGUCGUACUGGUCGUGCUGGUAAAGUCGGGACGGCGAUCACGUUCCUCACGAAUGACGAUGAUGAGGUCAUGUACGACCUUCGUCAAGAAAUUUCCAAGAGUCCUGUAUCAAAAGUACCUCCGGAGUUAGCGAAACACGAGGCUUCACAGGCACGCGUGACGCGGGAGAUGAAGAGAAAGCGGGAUGCAGAUGACCAAGGUUGA